UCUCUCUCGCUUUAUCCAAAUCCAUUUAAAUCCAUUAUUAUUGAACCUUCCUGAAAGGAAAAAAAGAAAGAAAAAAAGACAAUCCUUUAAUUAUCUUUCAAUUUUCAGAUUCCAUUCUUUUGAGUUUUCGGUUUGAUUCCCAACUUGUGAACUUUCAAAAGAAAAAUGACGAUUGCUUUGACGAUCGGAGGAAACGGGUUCUCUGGUCUACCCGGAUCUUCGUUUUCAUCAUCCUCUUCUUCGUUUCGAUUAAAAAACAGCAGACGAAAGAACACGAAGAUGCUCAACAGAUCAAAGGUCGUUUGUUCUUCAUCUUCUGUUAUGGAUCCCUACAAGACUCUUAAGAUCCGACCCGAUUCAUCUGAAUACGAGGUCAAGAAAGCUUUCAGACAACUCGCUAAAAAGUAUCAUCCUGAUGUUUGUAGAGGAAGCAAUUGUGGUGUGCAGUUUCAGACAAUCAACGAAGCUUACGAUAUUGUGUUGAAGCAAAUAAAGAAUCAGAUGGAAGGGACGGAGGAAUUUGAGCCGUUCGAUGUAUAUGACGAGGGAUUGAACGGAAUGAAUGAUCCAGAUUGCGACACGUGGGAGGAAUGGAUGGGAUGGGAGGGAGCAGGAACCCGUGAUUACUCCUCUCAUGUGAAUCCUUACGGUUGAGAGUUGAGAGAACCAAAACCUAAACCAAAACUUUAAUCAUCCCAAUUGUGGAAUUUUACUGAAUGUGUGUGUAUGUAUAUAAAUAACAACAAUCAUCCGAGAAAGAGAGACGCUUAAACUAAGCACAAUGUAAAUUUGGUGAAAUUUGUCUCCUUUUCAAUGAUUGUUUGAAAAUUGUGAAUAAAGUAAUUUUCUCCUUCCUUCGUGUAAUGUAAA